GCGAGCCGGUUUUCCACCUGAGCCGCGAGCGCAACGCACGCGCAAUCGACGGUUAUUCCCCCCCCCCUUCCCUCACAGCCGGCCGACGCCUGCGCGGUAGGCCUUCGAAGGAGGCAGAGGCGAGGCGAGCAGGUAGGCUGGGAGGGGAACGGGGGAAAACAACACCCGGCCUACGCGCUUGGGCGCAUGCGCAAUGAGGUAAUCGAGGCGGAGUUACCUCGACGCAGACGCAUCGAAGCUACCAGAAAGACAUAAACGACGGUGUCGACAGCUGUGGCGGUUGGAAGCCGCGGUGUGUCUUCAGCACUGUGAAACCAAAAAGAAUCCUUCCUCAAGGCCCUGAAUCUGCUUUUCUUUUAAAAAAAGGCUCUAACACAUAGCGCAGUCUUUGAGACUCGCCUCUUCCUUCUCCCUCAGUGUUCAAAGCAUCACACAUCUAUCCCUGUAGUUCAUAGCAUUAGCUUCCUUUUAGGGUUAGCAUCUCCAUAUGGCUGAGAUGAGGAGGUCACUCUUUAACCACAUGUGGGAGGAGGAAGAAUGCUUAGAGUACUAUGGGAUGGUUUCGCUGCACCGCAUGUUUGAGGUGAUCGGUUCCCAGCUCACGGAGAACGACGUAGAUGUGCUCUCGUUCCUCUUGGACGAGACCCAGCCUUGGACCCACCCACUGGACCCUGCCCUUUGGGCUGUGGCAGCAGCGGUGGAAGGUGGUGUUGAAGUCACCUCACCUGUGCUAGAGAACUGGAAGAGGAGGAGUCAGUGUGGGUGUAAGUCGAGCAAGACGGAUGGCAAUCUAGAGAUUGCUUUCAAUAGACAACGGCCCAAGAGUGGUGUUGAGCUACUUCUGGAGCUGGAAAGGAGAGGGAAAUGUGACGAAACCAACUUCACACAGCUGCUGCAGCUCCUGAGGGUGCUGACGAGACAUGAUCUGCUGCCAUAUGUCACCAUGAAAAGGCAGCGUACAGUUUCUCCUGAGAGGUAUACCUAUGGACCAUCUGUCAUGUCAUCAGACCAACAGGUGGACAACUGUCUCAACACAGCCUCUGCAGACACUCAGCAUGAUCAGUGGGAGACAGGCUCCAACUCUAGCAAAAGGAAGCGAGUAAGCAGAGGCCGAGCAAAGGCUGCUCCUCCCCGUAGGCGGCGGGGAGCCAAAGCAGCUUCUGCUCCAAAGCAGGAAGUCCAAACGCCCACCAAAGUGACCUGUGACAUCAGACUCCGUGUUCGUGCAGAGUACUGUGAGCACGAGCCCAUCCUGCGUCAGAACGUGAUGUCAAACAAGCAGAAUCGACUAGAGCGUCAGUUUGAUGUCUUUGGGCAGUCCAACACCAUCCUCAAAUCUCGUGACCUGGGCUCAAUCAUCUGCGACAUCAAAUUCUCGGAGUUGUCCUACCUGGAUGCCUUCUGGAGUGAUUAUAUGAAUGGCUCGCUGCUGGAGGCGCUGAAGGGGGUCUUCAUCACAGACUCGCUCAAAGAAGCUGUGGGCCAGGAGGCUAUCCGGCUGCUGGUGAAUGUGGACGAGGACGAUUAUGAGGAAGGACGCCGUCUCUUGCUGGAAAGCGUGGCUCCCCAGACCUGGUGACCUGGCCUCCUCCAGGAAACAGAAGACACGCCAUUGAUCCGAUUUGCAGACUUGAGAAGACAGGACUUUAGAAAAGGAACCUUCAUCCCGUCGUGGGGCAAGGCUGGAUCUUGGCAGCGACGGGGCCCUGGGGAGUCACACAGCGUGCCACAGCUGGUCAUGUUGUGGUUGAAGCGCUGAAUGGACAGCAGGAAAUGACGUCAAUGGACAUUCGGAUGUAGCAGGGCGUGGACGGAGGUCACCCGCUCAGUGGGUUCCUCUCCCUCUGAAGCGAACGGGACGCCCCGGGCAGAAGUACCAUGUCCAGGGGACUGUGAAAAGGGCACAAAUCGGAGUGUAUAUCAUGCUCACUACCAGUGUUUGAUUUACCCCCACCCCACCCCCCACGGUGGAGAGAAACCUCAUCUCAUGGAGGUGCAAACACUUCUGUGAAGGAUGGCAGUGGCGCAUGCGGUUUCUAGCUGCUUUGUAGGAAGAGAAGUCAACUUCUCCAAGUCUGCUGUUGGGGGUGGGAUAUUCCCCUCCCCCCUAAGUUACGUAUACAGCCACAGGGCUGAUGGUUGUAAACAGAGGAAGCUCAGAGUUACUUUCCAGAGGGAUACCUUUCAACUGUCUUGCGCCUAUUUGUACAUAGUAUAAAUAAUAGAGGUUUGGUUUGUUUUUUUAAAGGCAAGCAGUUCACACAGUAUCUCUCAUAGAGGGGUCUGUUUCACAGCACUGGGGUGGGUGGGGAACACACAGAAACCUGUAAUUUAAUUUUUUUUUUUUUACAGAACAAAAAUAAUUUUUGAUGUUCUUGUAUUGUAUUUGCAAAUGACAAAUGUUAAUAAAGAGAGUUUGCAAUCG